AUGAUUUCUGACAUAAACAAGCGGGUCUAUGCAAUGGGCGACUGUUAUCCAAAAUCUUCAAAACUUGCAAAGGGUGAAUACACUCUGCAACUGUAUUUAAGGCAUGACAAUGCACAGUACUUGGAAAAGAUGAAGCAAUUAGUUCCAUUUUUAGAAAGGAAUUUGGAGGAAAAGGAUGUUAUUAUAUUGAACUUUUUCUCUGAACCGGAUGGCCCCGUGACGGGAAACGGUACCUUUAAAUCAUCUGUUUUGGUUCCAGGGAAAAAAGAAGCAUUUUACUUAAGUCCACCAAACCAUGAUAAGAUUCCGAAGGUAUAA